AUCAAUCAAUUAAAAGGAAGGCCACUCUUUUUGUGGCUAAUAUUUCUAUCACAUGGAAAUGGGUGGUUACUGAAGUAGCUGAACUUGAACAUGAACAUGGCCAUAUCAUUAUCAACACAUCCCAUGAUGAUGAGCUUCAACUCACUGAAGUUGCAAGCGAAAUAUCAAGAUUCAUCAUGGUGUUCUAAUGGAGUUUCGCUACCAAAGGCCACUCAGUAUACACCCUUCUUGGCAGUGCCGGUAUCAAGAAUGUUUUCCAAAGAAAAAAGAUUUGGUCAUUGUCUUUCAGUCGCAGACAGCGAUCAGCUCGAAGCAGGCAUCAGUAAUAAGGAUCCUCCAGCCGAAAACUCCGAGUUACAAGCUAAUGUCAAUGCCGAGUUAGAAUCUCGGACAUCAGAUGCUUCUGAGGUUUCAACUGACCAAAAUCAAGGAUCAGCAGCAUUUUCUAACCCUCAAUCAAAUCCCAAACGGUUGCCCUUGACGGCGAGAGAGAGAUUGAGGGCGGCUCGAGUCCUAAACCGAUACACAGAAUCAAAAACAUCCAAAAAAUCAGACAUGGGAAGCAGGGUGUUGGAUGCUCUAAAAGAAAGUGACCGGGGAAAGAAGAGGUCUCGGCUACCGGAAGCCCCUACGGACAUGCUUGACGACAGCAAGCGAGGGCUUCCGAAGGCAGGAUUGACAUUCUCAUUCCCCGGGGGAUUUGAUCUCUUCAUUGUUGCUUUCUCAUUUGUUUUCAUCAGCACAGUGAUGUUUGCAACAACUUACUUUGUCUGGAAAGUUGGUGCCAUCCAUUUCAAUGAGUACUGAGACAAAGUUAUCAAGAAUUCACCAAGCAGAGAGACAAUUAGGGUAGCUGUGUGAUUUUUAUGUAAUUUUGGAUGAGCUUCAGAUUCUUCAAGCACUAUUAAGUAUGAACUGUUGAAAUAUCAGUUACUUUACUCAGAUUAUAGGCACUAAGUUCACAAGCUAGGAGUAAAAUUUGCUUCAGGAAAAGAUUCUGAUAUACAUGAAUGUACAAACAUUAGAGUAAAAGCAUAUGUUAUAUUAUAUAAUUAUUUGAUACA